AUGUGUCUCCCCAAAGAACAGGGUGGCUUGGGGUUUAAUCAUCUCUUUGCCCAUAAUCUAGCCAUGUUAUCAAAACAAGGGUGGAGGUUACUGUCUAAUCCUCAUUCACUUAUAGCUCAGGUUUUCAAAGAGGUCUACUACCCUAAUGGGUCUUUCCUUAUUGCUGAUAUGGGAGAUAGGCCUUCUUAUUCUUGGCGUAGCAUUAUGGAGGCAAGAUCAAUACUCCAAGCCGGAUUAUUUUGGACAAUUGGUAAUGGUACUUCUAUGAAAAUUUGGGAUGAUGAGUGGAUUCCAAAUGUUGCAGCUUACUCACUAGUUAGACCGCCUGAUACUAUGUUUGAGACAGUUUCAGCCGUCCAUUAG